GUAACGUUAAACAAGAAACGCUUUUCUUUGUGCUUCUUUGCUCUUUUGUUAACUCUUUCUUUAGGUAAGAUUUAUUUUAUGUAGCCUAUUGGAUUUUUGUUUUUUGUACGGUAUUAAUAAGUUAAUGUUGUUGCUUGACUUGUGUUUUAUUCAGUGUUUUGUUUACUUGUUUUUACCGGUGAUUUAUUUCUUGGUUACUGCUAUACCAGUUUUAGCCAUGGCUUUUGGUGUGGCCAUGUUCGCUCCGGUGUGUCUCAUCGAAAAUGACGGAUUUGGGAAGUUAAGUGUGAAGAAACAGGCAAAAGACAUUCUGGAUCGGAUCAUUGAGCCCGUGGUGGUGGUGUCUGUGGUGGGACCCCACCGUACGGGAAAGUCUUACCUUGUGAACCUCCUGGCAGGACUACAAACUGGUUUUUCUCUCGGCUACACUAUUGAGUCAGAGACCAAAGGCAUCUGGAUGUGGUGUAUCCCUCACCCGACGAAAAAAGGACACACUCUAGUGCUGCUGGAUACAGAAGGAUUGGGUGACGUGCAGGAGAAAGAGAAGAAUGACAAAUGGAUCUUCUGUCUGGCUGUUCUUCUCAGCAGUGUUCUGGUGUACAACAGUUUAGGGGUCAUUGAUGAUGAGGCAGUGGAAAAGCUGCACUAUGUUACAGAGUUGCCGGAGAACAUCCGAGUGAAGGCAGAAGGUGAUGAAGAUGAGUCUGCAGAAUUCAUGCAUGUUUUCCCAUCAUUUGUCUGGGCUGUUCAGGACUUCGAUCUGGAGUUUGAAAUAGAGGACGAAUGGAUGACAUCAGAUGAGUAUCUGGAGAGCGCACUGAAGCUUAAAAAAGGUCACUCACUUGGAACACAGCGGUAUAACCUGCCACGCCGCUGUUUGUGUGAGUUUUUUGCGCAGAAGAAAUGCUUUUUGUUUCCUCGACCUGCUUAUCGAAAAUACAUGAGAAGGUUAGAGGAUCUGUCUGAUGAAACGCUGGAUUCAAGGUUCCUUCAUCAAGCACACACUUUCUGUAGUUACAUUUACGAUAACGCACAGCCAAAAACUGUCAGAGGACAUACAAUUACCGGAACAGCUCUGGGGAAUCUUGCUGAGAUUUACGUCGAGGCCAUAAGCAGUGGAAACGUUAUUUGUCUAGAAAAUGCAGUCGUGUCUCUGGCUAAGAUCCAGAAUGUUCGUGCAGUUGAUCAAGCCCGGCAGAUUUACAAGGAAGAGAUGCUCAGGAUGGCUCAGCCUCCACUGGACCCAGAUCAGCUGUCUAGAAUCCACACACUGGCAGAGGAGAAGGCCAUCAAAGUGUUCAUCAACAUGUCCUUCAGUGACAAGGACCAGAUCUACCAGAAAGAGCUCAUGGAGAAGAUUCAUCAUGAAUAUCAGCAUAUGUGCCUGCAGAAUCAUCAAGCGUUUCUCAUGCAGUGUCGGAAGGUUCUGGAGUAUUCGUUUUAUCCACUGGAAUUGAAGAUUUCUGACGGAUCAUACCUGAGGCCUGGAGGAUACAGACAAUACAGAGCCUUGCUCAAUCAGCUGAUCAGUGAUUACAGAGCAAGAACAGAGUCACAGAUAAAGCAUGAGGAAGCAUUGUGGAUGUUUUUGCAAGGAAAGGAAGAUGUUGGGAAUCAGAUUCUACAGGCUGAUGAAUCUCUCAGUGCAGCGGAGCAGGAGAAAGAGGUGCAGAUCUUAAAGAAUGAAAUACUGCAGCAGCAUCAGAGAGGCCUGGAGGAGCAGAAACAUUUAGAGGAGCAGAUCAUUCAGCAGAUGAAGAGAAACCAGGAGAAAAUCAGGAGAGAUGAUGACCAAGCCCUAAAAGCCAAACACAAGCAUGAGGAAGCAUCGUGGAUGAUUUGGAAAGGAAAUAAAGAUGUUGGGAAUAAGAUUGUACAGGCUGAUGAAUCUCUCAGUGCAGUGGAGCAGGAGAAAGAGGGAAAGAGUUUAGGUUCACCACCCAGAGCUGAAUCAUCCACAGGACAACCAACCUCAGAAAGUGCAGAAGAGUUCACACCUGAACUCAUUCAAACAGUAGAUGAGGACAAACACAAAAAUACAUACAGAUUUGUGUCUCCUCAUGCUGGUCAGUUUCAGUGCAGUUUGACCAGUCUUGUGUUUGUGAUGGAUGGUGAAGGAGAGGUGCUGUAUAGAGUCGUCUCAUGGGAUCCUCGUCUGUUAGAUGGUUUGGGUCAAAUUCAGCCCGUGGGACCCUUAUAUGACAUUGACUGUUUUAAUGGCUCAAUCUCAAGACUGCACCUUCCUCACUGUGAAAUAUUUUCUGAGGGCGACAACAUGGAUGGUUUGGCUGUAGCACAUUUCACUGCUGGGAAUAUUGAAAUAAUUCAGCCAAUUAAAGUGACAGAAACUCAUGUGAUGAUAGACAUCAGAGAUCUCUCUCUAUUUGGACUCCUCUGGAUGAAGAUAUUUAGUCCCCCCAUUAGUGGACAAGUUUUGCUUUUCCUUCGAACACUACCUGUUGAAGAGAGAGAGAAAAUACUGAAUGUCCACUUGCUUCCUGGGAAUAUUCCUGUACCAGAGGUCCAGCUCUGCCACCGGGAUAAAAAAUACAUUGAGACAACUUCAAAAUGUCAGUUGUUUUUUGAGCGAGAAUACAGUCUGUGUUGCCAGCCAGAGAACUUCCAAGUGCAACCAACGAGUGAGAUUUUUGACCAUAGUAAUUUUGGUCCAAACUAUCAUCCUACGUUUGAAGUGUUUCUGGGUGUUCACGUUAGGGAGGUCGGACUGGCUAUCUUAGACAAAGCUGAAAAUGGGAGAGAAGUGUGGAGCAGACAGCGAAUAUUACUCACAGCACCAAGUCAAGGAGUAGAAGACCACAGAUUGACCCCAGGAAGUGAAUUUGUGGAUGCCCUCAGAGGUGAUCUUAUUCAAAAAGUUUCAUCAGUGAUGGCGAUUGCUGACAGCCUGAUGAGCGAACGCAUGAUUACAGAUGAACUAUACAACGAAGUUCAUAAUGCCGAUACAAAUCAGAGGAAAAUGAGACUCUUGUUUAGGGCUCUGGACUCUGGAGGAGCUUCUGUGAAAGCAGAGUUUUACCGUCUGCUGAUGGAGAAUGAACCUCGUCUAGUACAUGAACUGGAGUCUAGACACAGCGAAUCCAGCGGUCCUCAGUAAUGCUGAGAGUGAGGCAUAAACUGCAGCUUUUGGGUAAUUAUACUGGACUGUGUGUAGCAAGAGUUUUCAGAAGCUCUUUAGUUAAUAAAGUAACUGGUAUCAACUCCACAAGUGAAAGUGUAAAACUGUUCAUGUUCUCAUGCAUGAUUUGAAAAAAAAAAAUGAACCAAAGAGCACCAAACCCUCUGAACAGUCCCCCAAAAUUAAAUGUGAAAUCAGGCUUCAUGUGUUUUAGCAUGUUAUCAUUUUAUUUUACAUUUUUUAAAUCCAUAAAAUAAUGUUUAAACCAUUAAGCUUUUCAUUAAUUUUCCUUCAGUUUAAUUCCUUUAUUCAUCAGGGGUCACCACAGCGGAAUGAACCGCAAACUCAUCUAGCAUAGCAUAUGCUUUACACAACGGAUGCCCUUCCAGCUGCAACCCAGUGCUAGGAAACAUCCAUACACUCUUUCUCUCUCUCACACACACACACUCACACACACACUAUGGCCAAUUUAGUUUAUGUAUUUCACCUGUAACGCAUGUCUUUAGACUGUGGGGAAAACUGCAGCACCCGGAGGAAACUAGUUCAUAUUUUUGUUUUGUAUUUGACAUUUGUUUUAUAUGAACACAGCACACAAGCUCAAAAAAAGUUCAUAAAUGUAAUGUGAAGGACCGUUUUCAUUCUUUUUAAACAAGAGCAUAAUGAAGUCACACUGAAACUAGCUCUCACAUUUACACACUAUAAUGAUGAUUUGUAGGCAGAGAGCAUGACAACAUGCAGUAUCUUAGCUGUUGUCAUUUAUGUUGAGUAAGUGUUUAAGUUUAAAAUAUUGUCUUUGUUUUAGCAUUUUAAUAUCCAUAAAUGUUAUCCUCUAUUUUCUAUAGUUGUGUUUAGGCCACAGCGGUUAUACACCCUUUAUGCUGCACAAUUUUGGAAACAUAUUGGCUCAUUUAUUAGUUAUACUAUAAAGCAAGAUGUUUCUGUUGCUUUUAAAGAUGUUAUUUGUGGUUAGUAUGAAUCUGCCUCUACUAAAAGAAAUGGUUGUUUUGUUAUAAAUUACAUUUAUUUAUUUGUAAAUUCCAAAUCCACAAAGCAAAUUUACUAAUACCAAACCAUAUGUUCCUGUUUUUCUGCAAGAAAUUAGUCAUUUAAAUGUAAUUUUAAAAAUAAGAAAGCAAACAUAACUAUUUUAUUUUUUAAUGACUUUAUAUACUGUAAUUGAUUCUUAAACAUCUUACCCUCAAGUUUA